AUGUCUUCUACUUCAUCUAUUAUCUUGGGAUGUUCUGUUGCAGUAAUAUCUUCAGGGAUCCAGUCAUUGGGGAUAACAUUACAAAGAAAAUCUCAUUUACUACAUAUUCAAUACCUACCAUUAGAUGCCCCACCAAAUGAACAACAAAUCAAUAUUAUCCACUUAAAUCAUCAACAGCAAAAAUAUAAACGAAAUAUGUGGCUAUUUGGAUUCUUGCUAUUUAUUGUUGCCAAUGUGUUGGGAUCCAUUAUUCAAAUAAGUACAUUACCAUUAAUUAUACUAUCUCCUUUACAAAGUAUUGGGUUAAUAUUUAACUCUAUGUUGAGUUGUUUAUUAUUACCUGGUGAUCAUUUCACAAACAAGUUAUGGCUUGGAACUGGUAUUAUUGCUGUUGGUGCUAGUAUCAUUGCGUAUAAUGGAAAUGUACCUCCUUUACCUCAACCUGAUCCGUUACCUACCGUUGAUGAACGAUUUCACGAGAUUCUAGAAAAGUUAUCAAACCCAGGUUUUGUUGUUUGGUUUGUUGGUACUUUUGUAUUGAUGGGAGUCUUAUUGCUUGUAAAUUAUGCCUACUUAAACAGGAAAAUACACCUGCAACCUAUUGUAUUAAGAAAUAAUCCAGUCAUUAAUUGUAACAGGUAUCAAUUUAUGAAAGGAAUCAACUAUGGGAUUAUUAGUGGAACUUUGACAGCACACACUUUUUUAUUUGCUAAAUCUUUAAUUGAUGUUGUUAUUGAAACUAUCUUACAUGAAAAGUUUAGUAAUAUUUUCUCCAUAUCCAACUCAUUGCCCUAUGUAUUACUUGCUGUGAUGUUAGCCAUUGUUGGUUUGCAAUUAACUGCUUUUAAUUUGGGAUUAGCACAGAUCACAACCGGUAUUUUGUACCCAUUAUGCUUUUUAAUCUAUAAUUUGAUCAAUUUGAUCAAUGAUUUGAUUUUCAAUUCAUUGAUUGCAAACCAUAGAAUGAGUGUAGCGCAAUUAAUGUGGGUUAUAUUUGGCUUGGUUGGUGUUUUAUGUGGAGUAGUUAUCUUGAGUUGGGAUAGUGCUUUCCAUAAUGCAGAUGAAGAAGCAGAUGCUAAACAAGAUGACAAUGAUUUGAUCAGAAUGAAGUUUCCUUAUAAUAGCCAUCGUCCCAGCUUACUUAGUAAUGUUGAUGAGUUUUCUGGUGCCAUUGGAGAGUCAAGUGCAACUUCAUCUGAUUUGUCCCUGGUUAUUAAUAAGUCACAUGUCCCUAUCGAUGAAGCUAAUGAAAGGCUGCUUCUAGAUCAAGUUGAUGAAGAAGAAGAAGAACAACAACAACAACAUGUGCAUGAUGCUGAUUGCGAAAACAAUAUUGAAGCUUUAAUUGAAUUAACUGAUGAUCCAGUCAAUAUUUCCAUGAUAUCUAGUCAACCAAGUACUAAUUAUAGACUUUCAUUUGAACAAAGUCAAUUAUUAAGUCUGUUGGAUCUCAGAGAAUAA